CGGCUAAGGCUGGGAGGGGCUCCUGGACGGAGGUCCUCGUGGCAGCUGCUGCAGACGCGCAGCCCUGUCCCCGGCCGCCGCUGCUCUGCUCUGCUCUCCUCUCUGACCCGGGCGCCGCGCAGGCCGCAGCAUGGAGCUCUGGGGGGCCUACCUGCUCCUCUGCCUCUUCUCCCUCCUGCCCCAGGCUGCCACCGAGACCCCGUCCCCCAAGGUCAAGAAGUCUGUCAAUGUCAAGAAAGAUGUCGUGAGCCCGAGGAUGUUCGAGGAGCUCAAGAGCCAGCUGGACAGCCUGGCGCAGGAGGUGGCCCUGCUGAAGGAGCAGCAGGCCCUGCAGACGGUCUGCCUGAAGGGCACCAAGGUGCACAUGAAGUGCUUCCUGGCCUUCGCCCCGACGAAGACCUUCCACGAGGCGAGCGAGGACUGCAUCUCACGUGGGGGCACGCUGGGCACCCCGCAGACGGGCCUGGAGAACGACGCGCUGUACGAGUACCUGCGCCAGAGCCUGGGCGGCGACGCCGAGAUCUGGCUGGGCCUCAACGACAUGGCGGCCGAGGGCGCCUGGGUGGACAUGACCGGCGGCCCCAUCACCUAUAAGAACUGGGAGACGGAGAUCACGGCGCAGCCCGACGGCGGCAAGGCCGAGAACUGCGCCGCGCUGUCGGGCACGGCCAACGGCAAGUGGUUCGACAAGCGCUGCCGCGAGAAGCUGCCCUACAUCUGCCAGUUCGCCAUCGUGUAGCCCGGGGGACCCAGAGGAGGGGCCGCGUUACUUGCCCCAGC